CUUGUCUGCGCGUGCCUCUCGGCUACGGAGUGGACCAAGGCACAGGGUGACUGGGAUUUACUUCUGCUGCAGUGACAUUAGACUCUGUAACUCAUCUGAACAGCAUACACAGAAACACGCACUAUACAAACACUCACAUUUGAGCUGCUCACCUCCUCUCACUUUUUUAAGAGUAGUGUGAGCUCACAGGCAGGAGUCCUGCUGUUUUGCCUGGUGGACAGCCAGCAGUUAGUGAGCCUGCGAUGUCUUGGGACUGCGGCCUGAGGUACAUGUUCUCCGUGUCCCCUGCGCUGCAGCAGGGGAGCAUGUGCAUCCUGCAUGACAAGGAGGACCUGUCCAGACUGGAGAUGGUCCAGAGAUUGGCCAAGGACGGCUGCCGCUUCCUGCAGAACCACAGCAAGGGCCCAGAGAGGACAAGCGAGCCCCAGAGUGACGAGGCAGUCCGUGUGUGUCUGAGGGAGAGGGGCCACGAUGUGCUGGUUCUCCAGAGAGUGUCGUCAGAGCCGCCAGCCCCCUCUGCAUCAGCGAGGGGAGGAGGGAGAGAGGAGGCGAGGAACAGGAGGUACAUGGUGGUAUCAGGGACUCCGGAGAAGAUCCUGGAGCACUUGCUGAACGACCUGACAGUGGAUGAUGACCAGGGGACAACACAGGGCAAAGAGUCAGAUACACUUCUGGAUGACUUUCUGCUGACCUAUCCAGUGUUCAUGUCCACCAGCGACUUAUGUCAAGCUCUGCUGGGGCACUAUUGCACCAAGCGAUACCGAGGGAAGGAGGACAGGAAGGAGGCUCUGGAGAGGAAACGAAAAGUGCUGCACCUGGUGUCACAGUGGAUGGCUCUCUGCAAAGACUUCCUGAGGGAGGACGAGCACGUCAAAAUGUUCAUGAAGACGCUGUAUCGUUACGUGUUGGAUGAUCUUUAUGAGCACCCAGUCCUGGAGAAGGAUGUGAGGGAUCUGCAGAAACUGUACCAGCUGCAUCGCAGACACACGGUGGAUGAAUAUUCCCCUCAAAGAAAGAGCAAAGCACUUUUCCACCAAUUGAGCCUGAAAGAGAACGGGCUCCAGUCCAGAGGCACACAGAGGGAGACCAAGGAAGUACUGUGUCAUGUGUAUCUUUCAAUGGACUCGUACCUGAGUAUGAGGGCCCAUGUUGGGGUAGCGGCCCAGGAGCUGCUGCAGGCCGUGGCAGAAAGGAUGGAUGUCCCACAGGGGGAACUGGUACUAGUGGCUGUCACUUACCCUGGAGGCAGGCUCCUCCUGCAGCCUCAGGACAGAGUCUUCUCCGAUUCUUUACGGCCGGUGGGGAGGCUGCAUGUCUGCAGGAAGGACCUAGGAGAGGUCCUGAACCCGUUCACAGACAACUCCGAGCUGCAGCAGAGGACGGCUCGCACGCUCAGUUUAAACACAUGGGACGUGGCUGUUGCUCUCACCAACUUUGACUGGACAAUCUUUGACUCAAUACACGAGCAAGAGCUCGUCUAUUUCACCUUCAGCCGCCACAGUAGCAGCGGUCACACCGCGGCGUUAGAGCUGCUGCUGCAGCGCUGCAAUGAAGUCCAGCUGUGGGUGAUGACUGAGGUGCUGCUGUGCCCAACGCUCUGCAAAAGGGUCCAACUCAUCAAGAAGUUCAUCAAGAUCGCUGCCCACUGCAAAGCUCAGAGGAACCUCAACUGCUUCUUUGCCAUUAUAAUGGGCCUGAACACUGCAGCUGUCAGCCGCCUCAGUCAGACUUGGGAGAAAAUUCCUGGGAAAUUUAAAAAGCUGUUCUCAGAGCUGGAGACAAUUACAGAUCCGUCGCUGAACCACAAGGCCUACAGGGACUCCUUCAAGAAGAUGAAGGCGCCAAAGAUCCCCUUUCUUCCUCUGCUACUGAAAGACAUCACGUUCAUUCAUGAAGGCAACAAGACGUUUCACGACAACCUGGUUAAUUUCGAGAAGCUGCACAUGAUAGCAGACACAGUGCGGCUCAUCCGGCAGUGUCAGAAAGAUCACAUGGGAAACGGCAUCACCCAGAAGAGCAGCUCAGAAGUGCGAGCGUACAUUGAUUACCUUCAUAUCAUCGACAAUCAGCAGACUCUGUUUGAGCUGUCACACAGACUGGAGCCCCGGGCUUAGAGGACGGCUCUUAGUGCGCUUCCCAGUGUGUCAGCCAGACCGUCGGAUUGCCAAGGAACAACCUAUCGCUGUCUCAGCUAUCUCUCAGGACUCAGAGGACGCUGCACGAUCCUGGCCGACCACAGGAGGGAGCCACUCGAUCAGGAAAACUCUCACUAGAGAUGGAAUAAGCAGCGGAGGACACACCUUAGGUUAAAUGCAUAAAUAUUUGCAUAGAUCCCCAACAGUCAUUGAUCCAGAACACCUGAAUCCAGGCCCAGUCGACAUCAUCCAACAGCUGAGCUGCAGUGCCAGCAGAUCCACUCCAACGUUUGCUGCCUGCUGGCAAGAGAAACCAACAGCAACAGGUCUGAGCUGAAGAUGCUGAUAAGUAUGAUUAGGUCUGCGCGUCCAGACCUGCUGCUGCUGCUGGUGCUAUUACAUUCCUACAGAUGGCAGGGGCUGGCAGGUUUAGAGUUCUGACAAUGACCCAACAGCUCCCCUCUGUGGAGAAUCAGCAGAAUGAGUUUGUUUGCAGGUGAAGUGCUUCCCAUCUAACAAAUGUGCCAACAAAUAAUUGUUGAGCAUGGAAGUUCAUUCUCAACCUUGAAAGCAGCAUGUUUGUCAACAAAGGGUCCAGUUACCUGCCUUUCCGGAGCUUUUAGCCUUCUAAAUCACGUCACAUCAAGCGAUUGAGAUCAAAAGCUUCAGAAUAAGUCAUACGUCUUUUUUGUAUCUACAGACGCUGUUCCUAGCUCUGUCAGCAGAGGGUUGUUUCAUCAGAUUUAACCAAAGAGCAUUUCAGUCCGAUACUGCACACACACUGCUGCUUUCUCAGAGUUCGCCUCAAUCCAGAUGUUCUCUUCGCCAGAUCAGACAGGCUGCCACUAGCAAAUCCAUACAGUGUGUGACACAAACUGACGUCUUGCUAAACUGAUUCAAGAAGAUAGCAAUGAUUGUUAAAUAUUUGACAUUUUCAUACAGUAUUCUCGUUAUUGUUUACAUUGCAGAAUUCUCUUAACAUACAGUUUUAUUUUAAUCUAAAGGUGCAGUGUAUCAGGCUUCACACAAUUCAGAUGGUUUUAGAGCAGGAAAUAAGAAUACACAGUAUACUGUAUUUCUUUAGUGUGUGUGUGUGUGUGUGUGUGUGUGUGUGAAAAGAUGUGUGUCCCGUGUGAGUUAUAAUGACGCAUGUUAGUGCCAAAAACCAUAAAAAUGGCCAUUCAAAUGAAUGCUAAUUGCUCAUCUUUUUUUUUUCCAAAGCAUCGAUGUGAGGAUCUCCAUCUAGCUGAGCUGUGGACAAUCAGUUAAAUGAAGCAGCAGACCCACACUGACACACCUCUGUGUCCGGUCUUUAAAGUUCAGGUUAAAAAACACAAUACGGUGUGUUUGUCCUCGUGUUAGAGAGGAACAGCCAUCCAGAUGGUUUGAUUUGCUGGGAGGUCGGAGAUAUUGGCUUAAUCUUUAUGGUACUCAGAAAUUAGCAUUUGAAAAACGUGUUUCCAAAAACAAUUACGUGGUGACUCAUUACAACCCAUGAUAACACUUUACGUGGACAGCGUCACUGAGGGCUGCUUUCUGGCUAAAUCAAAUGCUACUCAGCUCCAUCACUGAGCUACAGCUGAUCUCUUGUAUCCUCAGUAAAUGUAUGGAUAGAUAUUGUAGAAAAAGGUAACUGUCCCUGUAAAUAAAGAGCAAUAGCAACAUCAAGUACUGCAGCACCUUCUGGACAAAAACAAGUAGAGAAAAAGGAAGAAAACUAGAAGCCAUUUGCUUAUGUAGUGUGUAGUAACACUACUGUAUACAGAUGUAUAGUGUGUAGUCAUGGAAGAUGCAGUAUUUAUUGUCUAAAUUGGUCAACUGAAAAUUCUCACUUUUGCCCUACGGUUAGGCUGCUUUAGGUAGGCGUUGUGAAGUGCUGUAGAUGGAUUUUUACAUUAUAUUCUUGAGGUUUUAUUUGUAUAUUUUGGAUUUUAAAGCACACAGCGAACAUAGAGAGAACAUGCUUUAGUACUAUCUUGUUUUAAAUUUCAUCUGUACCAUCAACAAUGUACAGUGGAUUCUGUUUAUACUGUAUAUAUGUAUGUGUUGAGAUUCUGGAGAAGGAUAUUUAUUUAUUUCAGAAUUAUUUAUUUUUUUCCAUAGAUACUCAGUUUGAUUUCAUUUUUUGUUUUGUUUUUUUGUACGCACUGUUUUGGCUGGUCUGCAUGAUAUGGCAAACCAUGGAUUGACCACCAGUGUGAACUGUGCAUGCAAUAAAAUAUUUUUCGUCA